ACGGUCUGAAAAUACUAGUGUAAUUUCGCAAAUUGGUCUGGGCAAACCGUCUGAAAAGUCUAGUGUGUUAAGGGUCAUUCGAUUACUAAAAAUUUUGUGCUGUUUUUCAACACUUCCUCCAAUUUCUUGCAUCUGGCAAUGCAAUUUUGUUAUCAAAUCUUGAACAGAUGUUUCUUUAACAGCUUUAAACUACAGUACAUACAAAUGGCAGUGCAAAUACAUUUUAGAAUUAUUUUACCACAAUAAAGCAACAAUUUAAUUAAUAAUAAUGCAUAUACAACAGCUGCGCAAGUGUACAAAAACCAUUCUGCUUUGCCUCAAUGCCACUAAGUCCGGGCAACUAUGCCAAAUAAGCAACGCCAAGUGCCUUCGAAGAUCGUUGGAACCCGUGUUGGACCAAAACAAAAGUGUCUCAGUGGAUACUGCUAAGCACUUCGAAUUCCAUGGCCACUGGCCGGCUGACGAACAGCAUCGUUUUCUCAAAGACAUGCGACUGCAUACAAAUUUUGUAAGUGUCGAAGAGGAAGCCAAAUUGCUAGAAGAAAUUGAGCCCUACAUGAAGAGAAGACCUUAUGAGUACGAUCAUUGGGAUGAUGCUAUACAUGGCUUCCGCGAGACAGAGCGCAAGCAUUGGUAUCCACACAACCGCCUGGUACUCGAACGCCUACAACAAAUAGCGUUUAUUGAUGAGAUCAAACCGCAUGUGCAUAUAUUGGACCUGGCGGCAGAGGGCGUUAUUAAGCCGCAUGUGGAUAGCACGAGGUACUGCGGCAAUACAAUAGCAGGCAUAAGUUUGUUAAGUGACUGCGUUAUGCGGCUGGUGCGCGUUGACGAGCGUAAAUAUCAACAGGGGAAAGCCGUGGAGCCUCCUACAGAAGCGCUAAAAAAUAGCAGUAGUGACAGUAAAGCCGACAUUGCUGCCACAUCAAACGUAUCUCCUGAAGAAGACGAUGCCUAUCGUGAUCGACCAGAAACCACAUUGGAAAAUAAUUUCUACGUGGAUGUGCUGCUACGUCGACGUUCGCUAUACAUAAUGAGUAAUUCCUCACGCUACAAUUUCACGCAUGAAAUACUCGCCAACGAUGUAUCACACUUUCAAGGGCAGCAUAUCAAAAAGGAUAGACGCAUAUCGAUUAUUUGUCGAAAUGAUCCAUGAAAGUGAGAUGCUGUUGCGUGUCUAUGUAACUACUUCGGGAGAAGUUGUAAAGCACUCGCUGUUUGGAGCAAGGCCCUGCACUAUAACUUUAUUUAUUUAGUUGGAUUUUAGAGAGAAUAUAGAGCUUUAUAUUAUUGUUAAUGAAUAUAAUUGCAUAUUUUAAGUAAUUUAA